AUGGACAAGCUCCUUAACACUCCUCCGACCAAACCCCUCUCCAAUCCCUCCAGCCCCAGUUCAUCCUUAUCAUCUGGAGUUUCACAAAUAUCAUCACCAAGAGGCAAAAAACGAGGCAAUCCUGAGUCUGCAUUAGCACUAGUGGAACCUGAUAGAACAAGACUGAGAGCUGGGCAUGUUUCUUCAGCUCCUUUAUGUAGACCCUGGGACAGAGGAGAUUUUAUGAGGAGGCUUGCUACUUUUAAGUCUAUGACCUGGUUUGCUAAGCCCAAGGCUAACAUCCUAUCAGAGGUGGUAAGUGCUGUGAAUUGUGCAAGAAGGGGAUGGAUCAACUUGGAUACAGAUAUCAUAGCUUGUGAAGCAUGUGGAGCUCGUCUCCUUUUUUCUACUCCAUCAUCUUGGUCACAGAAACAAGGCACGUCAUUUGAGAAGGCAGCAUUGGUAUUUAGUUUAAAGCUGGAUAAUGGACACAAACUAUUGUGUCCAUGGAUUGACAAUGCAUGUGAUGAAAGAUUGGCAGAAUUUCCUCCCACUCCACCUCAAAUUUUAGUUGAUAAGUUCAGAGAACGCUCUUGUGCACUCCUACAACUUUUAGCACUUCCACUGAUUUCAGCUUCAGCCAUUGAAUACAUGAGAUGCCCUCAGCUAGAAGAGUUUCUUAGACAAUCGCCAACAGUGGAAUAUGGCAAUGGGUCUGCCAACUUAUCAGAAAUACAAUUCCUUGGAAAUGAUUGUGAUGCUGAUUCUGCAAACUUGUAUUAUCAGUUUUCAUUGUUCUUGAAUGUUGAUAAGAGUGGCGACAAUUUUAAGCAUUUGCAGGCACAAAAGCUCAUAAGUUUAUGUGGCUGGGAACCGCGUGUGCUGCCUUACGCUGUUGACUGCAAUGGCAGACCAACACAGCCUGUUAAGGAUUCUGUUGUCACAGAUUCAUCCCAUAUGGUCAUUAAUGGGCAGAAUCCAAGUAUCCAAGUCCACUCUGUUGCGACUGAGCAAAGCGUGGAGGCAAAUGAACAAUCUGGCUCUUUUAGUGGGGCACAAGCUGAUCCUAAUGCUGUUGUUUUAGAUUGCAGGCUCUGUGGAGCAAGUGUGGGAUUAUGGUCUUUUUCUAUGGUUCCACGGCCUUUAGAAUUGUUUAGAUUGGUUGGAUAUACAGAAGUCAAUGGUAACAAGAAUUCUGGACAAGAUUCAGCUAAUGAAAAUCAUGCUGACGACAGGGGGGUUGUUGGAAAUUUUGCCUCCAAUGGUGUGACGAUUGCUGGGGGUCCACCCCCAACAAAACAGAACUUCAAAGCAACAAUUUCAUUGCCUGUUAUUGGCCGGAAUUUAAGGGCCAGGCUUUCUUAUGAUUCUGAUUUUAGGGAUCGUACAAGUGAUAACCAAGAAGUUACUCAAUCUGGAUCUGAAGACAAGAAUCCGACUUCAGAGGAAAGGGAAUCUGCAGAACACAAUUUUGGUGAACAAGUUUCUCUGCAUGAAGCUGUCGGUCCUUUAAAGAGCAAAAUUCAUGAUCAGGGACAGUGUAGUUAUGCAAGUGGUGACCAAUCUUCUUGUUUGAACUUUGAAAGUAGUGAAGGUGGUGCACUUAGAAAAGAGAAUAAUUCCCAGAUGUCUGUGGAAGAGACAGGUAUUACUAGAGAACCAAUUGUUCCUGAAACUUCUGGGCACGAUUCUGCUGUGGAACAUCCAAUACAGGGUCCACCAAAGACAAUGCUUGGUCAUGAUGCAACUGAUCGGCUGCCUGAAAAUUCUAACAAUAUUGAAUUGCUUGAUUCGGUAGUGGGGGUUCUUGGAGGUUCUCAAGUUAGUGCCUCUUCCAUCUCUGGCUUAGAUGCUAUUGUCUCCUUAGAGAUGGUUACUUCAUCUAUCAAUCAUGAUGGACAACAAAUUCCACGAGCAGAUAUUUCAGGCAGCAAAAGUGUUGCUUCUCGGAUAGAUGUGAGAGGAGGUGAGACUUGUUCUGAUAUCCAGAACACUUUAGGUGCUCAAGAAAAAAGCCAAGAAGCCACCACAGAUGGAGUGCAGGUUGAAGUUGUGGCCUACGGUACAGGAAAGGAUCAUAAGCAACUGGCACUAGACAAAUCAUUGGGAUUUGAUCCAAUCAGGCAGCACAGACAUUUUUGCCCCUGGAUUGUAUCAAGCAGCAGUGCACCUGGUUGGCAACAAACACUUUCUGCUUUAGAGCGUCAAAAAAAUUUCUCUCAUUCUUCUACAAAUUCUCCUCCAUCUUCCUCCCUGAUUAAGGUGGAUGAUCCCAUCGCUUCAGUUAGAAAGCUUUUCAUGUCUUCUGUGAAAAGAAUGAAGCCUACUAGUGGAUCAAGCUGA